AUGCUUGGAUGUAACUCUGGUUUCCGAGGUAGAGUACAAUCUGUCAAUCCAAAUGUAAAACAUCUUCACUGUAUGUUGCAUCGUUAUGUUCUUGCUGUGAAGACAAUGCCUCUUGAACUUAAAAAUGUUCUUGACGAUGUUAUUAAAAUUGUCAAUCAUAUCAAAAAAAGUCCUUUAAAUUCGCGAAUUUUUAUUCAAUUUGUGAAGAAUUUGGUUCAGAUGAGAAGGUUUUACUAUAUCCACAGAAGUUCGAUGGUUAUCAAAGGAAAUGUUCUUUCCAGAGUGCACAGUUUGAAGAAUGAAAUUUUAUGA